AUAACGCAAAGGCGGUGGGAAACUUAAGGAGAGGGGAGAGAUGCUGAGGUGUGGCUGUGGUGCUCCGCAGCCAAUGAUGUUGCUGUCGCUGUCUUUGAACUCAUCGCCUCUGCAUCCUCCUCGCAAACUCGCCGCUCCGACUCCACCCUCCGCUGUCGGCUUGAAGCCAAUAGUGGUUAGCGGAAACCCUCCCACCUUCGUCUCUGCCCCUGGCCAUCGUAUCGUUGCCGUUGGGGAUCUGCAUGGAGAUCUUGCCCAGGCAAGACGUGCACUUGAGAUGGCUGGCGUCCUCGGUUCUGAUGGACAAGAUUUGUGGACUGGCGGAGAGACGGUAUUGAUCCAGCUUGGAGACAUACUUGACCGAGGUGAAGAUGAAAUAGCUAUCUUAUCCUUAUUGCAUUCACUUGAUAUCCAGGCGAAAGCCAGAGGUGGAGCUGUUUUCCAGGUGAAUGGAAAUCACGAGACCAUGAAUAUAGAGGGGGAUUUUAGAUAUGUUGAUGCUGGAGCAUUUGACGAGUGUCUGGACUUCUUGGAGUACUUAAAUUAUUGUGAAUAUGACUGGGAAAAGGCUUUUGUUAGUUGGGCUGGAAUGUCAGAUAGAUUAAAAGAUGAGAAAAUGUCCCAGAAUUACUGGGGUCCUUGGAAUCUAGUGAAGCGGCAACAGGGGGUGAUUGCUAGAUCAACCCUGUUAAGACCAGGUGGCCCACUAGCUUGUGAGUUGGCACGGCAUCCUGUUAUUCUCAAAGUUGAUGAUUGGGUCUUUUGUCAUGGUGGCCUUCUUCCUCGCCAUGUUGCCCAUGGCAUAGAGAGGCUGAAUAUGGAAGUAUCUAGCUGGAUGAGAGGACUUGGUGAAGGAGAUGGCAGUCCAAAAAUCCCUUUCAUGGCCACAAGGGGCUAUGACAGUGUUGUUUGGAAUCGUUUAUAUUCCAGAGACAUUUCUGAUCUGGAUGAAUAUCAGAUUAAUCAGAUUCAAUCUAUUCUUCAACAGACACUACAAGCUGUUGGUGCAAAGGCAAUGGUGGUGGGGCAUACUCCUCAAACUACAGGAGUUAAUUGUAAAUAUAAUUGUAGCAUAUGGCGUGUUGAUGUUGGUAUGUCUAGUGGAGUCCUUAAUGCACAACCAGAGGUUCUCGAAAUUAGAGAUGAUAAAGCAAGAGUUAUAAAGAGCAAAUGGGACAGUUUUCACGAACUUCAGACUGCUGACUACACAUAGAAUCAUGGAGAUACCACAGCGCUGCUUAGCUCACAUUUUAUUCAAGUGAACAUCAAUUUCAUCCAUCUCUGGCAUCAUCGUAUGCGAAGACUAGAUUCAACAAAGACAGUCACUUGAGGCACACAACCAAGACAAGCAAACCAGCGCUUUCCAUAAAAUCUGGAGCUGACUUGGUUCAAAUGUUCUUCUUAAGCUUAACAUUCAAACCCUGUUGUAAAAGUUAUAGGAUAACUUCCUCAGUAGUCAGGGAUCACAAGCAAAUUUGUUGUCUUGAAGAUAUGUUACCUUUCCAAUGUCCCACAUCUUGAUAAUGAGCUCAUUAUACGUCGUGACACUUACUACUCCUUGGUGGAGCUUACAGGUCUACUAGGGGUAGUGCGGGUCAUAUAAAUCAUAAACCCCACUUCCGGGUCGGGGCAUUUUAAAUUUAA